UGCCCGCCGGAAGCGGAAGUCGGGCGAAUGUCGGCCUGCCGCCGGAGUGGCUCCGUUUCCUUGGAGAGCUGAAGUAGUGGCGGAUCCUUUGGCCGCGGUGUGGGCCAGAGAUCGAAACAACAUAAACAUUACACGUUGCAGCUGCCUCAGAUUGCUGGGAAUUCUCAUAGAAACAUUAAAAACUGUACAGAAUUUCAGAAUGACAGACACUUCUGAAGCUGUUCCCAAUUUUGAAGAGAUGUUUGCCAGUAGAUUCACAGAAGAUGACAAAGAGUACCAGGAAUACCUGAAACGCCCUCCUGAGUCCCCUCCAAUCAUUGAGGAAUGGAAUAGCAGAGCUGGUGGGAACCAGAGAAACAGAGGCAAUCGGUUGCAAGAUAACAGACAGUUCAGAGGUAGGGAUAGCAGACGGGGGUGGCCAAGUGACAAUCGAUCCAAUCAGUGGCAUGGACGAUCCUGGGGUAGCAAUUACCCACAGCACAGACAAGAACCUUACUACCCCCACCAGUAUGGACACUAUGGUUACAACCAGCGGCCUCCCUAUGGUUACUAUUGAUGGAAUGUCAGGAGCUCUUGGUAAAACCAUUUCAUCUGUUAACAUGACAAAAGUUUGUAUCUUCUGUUGGUCAUAGUUUUACAUGAUUUUAGAGAAUGGAUUAUUAACUUUUUGGGACUGUGACUUAAAAAAAAAAAAAAAAAAGAAAUCUUACCGGAGAUGUUAUGGUUCAGUAUGCCCCUAAAAAGGUUGUGGAUUAUAUUGCCUGACUUCUACCUCAGAUUCUUCUGUUUCCUGGCUUAAUAGUGCUUUGAAUUUGGUGUCUGUUUUCCUUGUUUGACCUCCAGGAUUUCUGUCUUUGUUUUACACAGAAAUAAAAACUUUAAAGUAGAAAAUGCUUGAUUCUACUUUGUAAAGUAAGGAAGUAUCCAUAUACUCAGAUGUGCUCAUUCCUAAAUUUUUACAGAGGUUGGUACAGUCAACUCAUGAAUGUACAACUAUGCUUACUUGUAUUGUACGUAACAUCAGCAGUUAAAGGUAAAACAGUUGUAGAUGCUU